CACUGCACUGACAUGGUCAACACGAGCGUUUCCUCAUUUCAGUGCUAGCGCGUCCGCAGCGAGCCAAGCUCCGGAGGAAAUACCGUCCGUCAAACAGACACGACGCGGCUUCAUGACGGAUCUAUGCCAGGUGUGGACCUAAUGCUAACUCCAGUAAGAGAACUAUACAGUAGCCCAUAGCUUGCCUUUGGACACUGACAGACAGAGGACACUGAAGAGACACAGCAGCAUGGCUGUCUUCAAGCUGGAUAAUGUUGAAGAUCUGUAUGCGAUUGGAAAUGUUUUGGGAAGUGGUCACUUCGGGCAGGUGCGUGAGGUGCGGGAACGGGCCACUGGUGUUCUGUGGGCGGGGAAGUUCCUGAAGCUGAAGAAAGGUGCAGGAAGCAGGCUGGGCCUGGAGAGGAAGAGUGUGGAGAAGGAGGUGGAGAUCCUACAGAGCCUUCAGCAUCAAAACAUCAUGGCUCUCAAAGAUGUUUUUGAGAGCAGGGCAGAGUUGGUCCUCAUCAUUGAGCUCAUAAAGGGCGGCGAGCUCUUUGAUUUCAUUGCUGAGAAAGAAAACCUCACAGAGACGGAAGCCAUUGAGUUCAUGAAGCAGAUUCUGGAAGGUGUCAGCUACAUGCACCAAAAAUACGUUGCCCAUUUUGACCUGAAGCCGGAAAAUAUCAUGUUGUCGGACAAACACGCUCCCAAUCCAGACAUCAAGAUCAUUGAUUUCGGCAUGGCCCAUCGCUUCAUUCAAGGAGAAGAGUAUAAGAGUUUAGGUGGAACCCCUCAGUAUAUUGCCCCUGAGAUUAUCAACUACGAGCCUCUCAGUACAGCAGCAGAUAUGUGGAGCAUUGGUGUCAUUACCUACAUUCUUUUGAGUGGUCUGUCACCGUUCCAAGGCGAGACGGAUGAAGAGACGCUGAGGAACAUCGUGGCAAUGAACUAUGAGUUUGAGCCUCACUACUUCAGCCAAACCAGCAACAUGGCUAAAGAUUUCAUCCAGAAACUACUAGUUAAAGACCAGAGCGAAAGAAUAACAGCAGAAGAGUGUCUCGUUCACCCCUGGAUUAAGCCUCUCAAUAGAACUCAAAUAGCCAAGAGGAACCGUUCCUCCAUCAACAUGAAGAACUUUAAGAAGUUCAACGCGAGGAGGAAAUGGAAGAUGUCCUUUAACAUGGUUUCAGCUUGUAAUCGGUUUUGUCGACUGCAGUUACUGUGUAAGGCCCGUGGUCCGGAGCAACAAGAACUGAGAGACUGUGAGAGCGAUCAGGAGGACACCGGCACAAAACCUGCCUCUCUCUUACGCAGACGUCUUAGUAGCAGUUCAUAAAUCUUAUUGGUAGAGGGAGUCACAAACCACAAGCAUCUCCCUGUAAUGAAGCAGCAGCGCUCAUUCAACCUGCAGUAUUUUGUACUGCCUACAGGGGCAGAAACAAGCCGCAAUCCACAGGAUUUCUUUCCCUAGCCAAAGGCCUUGAACCUCAGUGCAUGCAAUUGCCCAAACACCAGCUGCUUAUCCAGUUACAGUGGAUGACCACAUCUGAAAGAGGGAUGGGGCCAAGAGAUCAUAGUGGUUUUCUAUGCUAAUAUGCAAGCGUGUUCAUAGAGUUCUACCUCUGAUAGAAUGAGUGUGAUGCUUCUACCAGGAGGGUCAGGUGUCUUGAAGGGUGUUCCUACAACAUUACAUUUUCCUUAAACUAAUAGGAUUUUUUCCCCCCCAGAUUUAUUUCAGUGGGAUAUAUACAUGCUAUACAUACACAACUGUU